AGACAAGAGAAGACCUUUUUUUGGACUCGUUCGCUUGACGAGAAAACUUCAUAGCCCUACAUAUUGAAGAUAUUGUUUUCUGGAAUUGAGAUUCUGGAUCUAGUACCAUCUUUGCCGGCAACGUUGACUACUUAACCAUAUCGUCGAUGUUUUCGUCAUUUCUGUUACCUCUUCGCGUGUCUUGAUCAUCUUAAUAUACACGCCGUCGAUCGAGCCUUCGACGGCGAUGCGAUUCAGUUUUUCGCAGGACUCUCGUUCAGUGUAAACCGAUACACAAUCCACACGGAAGAUAAUUGCGAACAAGGGGACCAAGAAGGGGACGCCAUUGUGCCAAAAAUAUUGACGACGAGAUUCUCAGAAUUCACAGGUGCAAAAUAGCGACGACGCGGCAAAAGAGGGGAGAAGGAACGAAGAGGGAGUUGCCUUCCUGCAUACGUGGUCCCAUACGAGCGUGUAUGGAAAAGGAAGGACCACGCAGGACGAAAAUACGGCACGAGAGAGAACGGGGCGGGACAAGGUGGCGACUUUGGUAAGUCACCAGCUUCCGGCGCUAGCGGCGGAAGAACUAUGUCGAGCGUCGGGAACAGUCCCGACAGGAUGGGUGUUCAAUCACUCUAUUCUUUGCGGUGGAACAACCAUCAAGCCCACAUACAACAGUUCUUCCAAGAGCUGCUACAUGAGGAGAAUCUGGUCGACGUGACCCUGAUCUGCGCCGAGACCAGCGUCAAGGCACACAAGGUCGUCCUCAGCGCCUGCAGUCCUUUCUUCCAAAGGAUAUUCGCGGAGAAUCCAUGCAAACAUCCCGUGAUCGUUCUGAAGGAUUUCUCGAAUCAUGAAUUGUCCACGCUGAUCGACUUUAUGUAUGGCGGCGAGGUGAAGAUUGCUCAGGAGGAAUUACCAGGUUUAAUGAGAGCCGCGGAAUGCCUGCAAGUGCGCGGUCUAUCGUCGUCGGAACCUAGGCUGGUGUCGGAAGAACCCAGGCCGUCAUCAUCCUCGUCGACUCUUCUGGAGUUUACCACGCCGGACGACGCGCGACACGGCACUCCGGAAGAGGAUGACAACGCGUUGGAGAACACAAAGGAGAUAAAGCCGACGCUGUUUCAACAAACGAGGGACCAUCCAACCAAACCGCUCAUUGGUCAUAUGAACUUUGGCAUCCGUGAGAGCUGUGGCUCGCCGCUAAUGCCGCGUCGAAAGCAGGCGCGUCCGCGCCGACGUUCCGGCGAACUGCUGCCGCAGGAUUUGAGCAGACGCCCGACUCCGCCGGCCAGUUUGAGUCCAUUGCCGAGUGUUCUUAAUCUCAGCGGUAACCAGCACCAGGCACAGCAGCAGCAACAGCAGCUGCAACUACAACAACCUCAGUAUUCUCAACAAAUGAUCAACAGAAAUAAUCAACAACAAAUGAUCAACGCUCAACAGAAUUCACAACAUCAGCAGCAGCAAGAAGAUAUGGCGGAGAAUCUUUCGAUGAAGAAGUCUAUGUCGCCGAGCGGACUGGAACAGCAUCGUGUGAAGACAGAGGGCAGCGAAGCGACGAGUAGUCCGCGCGGUUCGCCGCUUACGGGAACGAGUCUGAUGCAUCCGGACGGCUCCAUACAAGACAUACCGGCGGCGGCCGUAGCGGCGGCGGUCGCCACCGUGAUACCGUCGAUGUCUCUGACGCAAACGCAGCCCUCCGAGUACCUGACAAGCCUCGGCCAUCUGGCGAGCCAAUGGCUACCCGGGCAGACUUCAUUGCCGCCACCUCCACCGCAGGGCCAUCAUCCACGCGAAGACAGUCCACACGGGUCCGGUAGGCCCCAUCAUGCGUAUCAGCAGCAACAGCAGCAGGAGCCGUCGAUAGUACCGCGACGCAAUUCCUUGUCGAUGUUUACACCAUUGGAUGGCGUGACUCUCGGCGGCGGACUUUUUCCUCACACCGGGUAUGAUAGGACAGUUCUCGCAUCAGACUCGUUUCUCGCGGAUAGUUUCAAUCACGAGACGUUGCAGAACAUCUUUAGUGCCCCAAAUCUUGGUCCUCCUCCCAAGAAAACGAAAAAACAUCGGAGCGAUAGCGAUGGAACAUCACAACGUAGAUGGAGUGAUCACAACAGCCGCACGAUGGCGGUGAACAGGCCGAAGGGGCAACAUAGUGCGCCGCGAGGAGGACCGCCGAGAUCGUGGACGAAUAGCGAACUUACAUUAGCUCUGACGCAUGUCUGGGAAAAGAAGCUCACCACGUCGCAAGCUAGUCGCAUGUUUGGCAUUCCUUAUAAUAGCUUGCUGAUGUACGUGCGCGGUAAAUAUGGGAAGAGUCUCAAGCUGGAGCAACUGCGUAGGAAUUGUACCGGCACCAACACUCCCGAGAUUAUGAACAACAAUAACAUCAAGCCCGUCCAGCAGUCACCGCAGAUGAGCCACGCGCUCGCCAGUCUAUCGUUGCAGCAUCCAGGUGACAACAGCGGCUUCGCUUCCCAUCGCUCCUUGAUUAGCGGCAACAUGACGCAGCCGCAAGGUUUCUACGCCCCCGACUAUGCUGCCGCGCCCUAUCCUCUGGCGGUGAAUAUGAUGCAUAUGUUACCUCCGAGCGAGCAGAAAACCUUCGAAUCGUCCGUGAAUUCAAGCGGCGACGGAAUUGGAUGUCCAGGCGGUGGUGGAGAUGGCAACGGUGACGGUGAUCUGACGAACUCGCAGACCAGCGAAACACCGUCGCCUAUAGUCGAUCAUCAUCAUCAUCAUCAGGAGUCGUCGUCGUCGUCGUCGUCGAUGCAACCGCAACCGACACAAUCGGCGCCUGCGUUGCUACAACAGAACGGUUCGGAUUAGAAUUAAGUAGAAUACCGUUUGGAUACUGUACAAGGUACGUGUUGAUGUUAAGCGACGAUUGAUUUGUUAUCUUUGCUCGCGAGGAUUGGCGGAUGGUCGAUUAGCCAUUUUGGUUACGAAUGACGUACAUAUUUAUAUACUGCUGCAUAUAAAUCCGAAGAUCCGCGAGUGUGCACCGCGAAUGCGAAUACAAUAAAUCUUGGACGUAACUUCCCAAGAUGUUGCGGCCAAAAUUAUCGCGGUACAUACUUUUGUAUUUACGAAUUCAAAAGAUUAUAUGAAUUUUUAAUAUACACUCUCAUCGGAAUGAAACUAUCGAUUUAAAUGCGGAUGCAACGACACGUAGCUAGAAUCGAGAAAUUCAUUCGUGGAUGGGAAGAGACAGUUUUACAUUUCUUGCAAUCAGUUGGGUUAAUUAAUCGCGAUAAUUAAUCGAGCGACUCCCUCCGUGAAGCUCCUUAUCGCAGGUGUGCGGGGUAUAAAGAUAAAUUACAUGCGCGCGAAUUCUCACAAUAUCCUUCACAAGACUGACUUUUACCAACCGACUCGCAGCUCUCCCAGGAUACACCCUCGAUGAACAUUCGAGCUUUUGCUCGAUCCACGCUUAAGCGGCAUUAAUUGCUCUUCGCUCGUUUCUGUGCUUGCCAUUGUUUAGGUUUCGCCUUUCUUCCGUCGGGCCGGAUAUACACGUGAGAUUUCUAUUAUUGUCAAAAUCGCUAUUUUUGAUAGCGAAGCUCUCGGCGAACGCAGUUUAAAAACUGUGUCUCAACGAGCGUCUCGUCUAUUCGAUACGUUUUACUAUCGAUAGAUUGUUAAAAAUGGCUAUCAAUCACACAUCUCGUUGAAUGAAUAUAAAACGAGUCGUCAAAAGUGUAUCUUGAUAAUGAGAUUCUCAAGUGUACAUCUUUCCCUUUCAAUGUUAAUGGACGAUGUUCAUUCGUUCGCGUUCGGAUUCGGUUACAAACUAAUGGACGAUAGCGAGGAUCAUCGUCUUACUUUACGCAUCGUUCGCCGAUUAUCUCUAGGAGAAUGUCGCGAACCGAGAUUUGUCGGAUCUUUUCGCGCGAACGAAACGACAUCGAGAAAUUUCGCCGACGCGAUCGAGAAAACUUUCGCAUCACUGCUACUGAAAUAGUUCCUGCUGCAAAAGCACAUCAUAUACCAAAUAGUAUUGCAAACGAUUACGUAAAAUAUAUAUAAUGUCUGUGCUCUGAGAAUGAUAUUAUGAUCGUUGUCGGUAUAACGGACGUCUUGAACGAAAAGUGACGAUCAUGUUCUUGACAGAUAACAAUUCUGAAAUUAUAAAAGACGUAAUUUUUUUUUUUAAUAUAUGACAUAUGGCAAUUAAUUGACGAUGAUAUGUCGAUGAUAUGUCGGAAAACUUUUAACCUGUUUUUGACUUGAUUCGUUAACUGUGUAGAUAUUUCAAUCUUUUUUAAUGACGAUCAUAUUCUUGACAGAUAACAAUUCUGAAAUUAUGAAAGACAUAAUUUUUCUUAAAUAUAUGACAUAUGACAAUUAAUUGACGAUGAUAUGUCGGAAAACUCGUUUUAACCUAUUUUUGACUGGAUUCGUUAACUGUGUAGAUAUUUCAAUCUUUUUUAAUGAACAAUGAAAAGAUUCUGUUGAAUAAUACUAAGUUCUUUGAUCUUGUUAUUAUAUGCUAUUAUAGAUUAAAGUUUAAGAUUUUAGCAAAAUGCAUCACUAUAAUUUAUAUUUGUUAAGUUGAUUUGUA